UUGGAAGCCUCUCUACUCUCUAGCUAUCAAAAACUGUAUGCCAUUGAUCAAAAUGAUCAACUAACUUAAGGCCACAAUCUCAUUAUCUUUCCAACCAAAUGAAAGGCUCUCAUAAAACUUCCUACUCCGCAACACAAAUGCACUUUAUCCUCAAACAGCACAACCAAUGCUCGAAUACAUCCAACCUCAUCACAUUACUCUACACCCUUCAAAGAAAACACCAUCGCAAACCAUUGAUCACAAAGUUGUAAUCUUGAUGUAAACAAACAGACAAAUCUUAUGGUGGGGUGCGUCACAGCAUACCCAUUUCCUAAGUAUAAAAAAAGUUGAAGGAUGAAAGUUUGCACACCAAGUGUUUGUUAAAAGAACUGAACCAAAAAAAACAUCAUCAGUUUAUCACAAGUUCAACAUGGCAAAGCCAGUUUCAAUUGAGGUUUAUAAUCCCAGUGGAAAAUACAGAGUUGUUAGCACUAAAUCUAUGCCGGGUACCCGUUGGAUUAAUCUCUUAGUUGAACAAGAUUGCCGAUUGGAGAUUUGUACACAGCAGAAAACUAUCUUGUCUAUUGAUGAUAUUAUUGCUUUAAUUGGAGACAAGUGUGAUGGGGUGAUUGGCCAGUUGACAGAGGACUGGGGAGAGACUUUGUUCUCUGCAUUGAGCAAGGCAGGUGGUAAAGCAUUCAGUAACAUGGCUGUUGGUUACAACAAUGUUGAUGUUAAUGCUGCUACUAAGUAUGGUGUUGCUGUUGGUAACACUCCUGGAGUUCUGACAGAGACUACAGCAGAAUUAGCAGCUUCACUAUCCUUGGCUGCUGCUCGAAGGAUAGUUGAAGCAGAUGAGUUUAUGAGGGGUGGUUUGUACGAAGGAUGGCUUCCUCACUUGUUUGUCGGAAACUUGCUAAAAGGCCAGACUGUUGGUGUCAUUGGAGCUGGUCGUAUUGGAUCUGCUUAUGCUAGAAUGAUGGUUGAGGGAUUCAAAAUGAACCUGAUAUACUUUGAUCUGUACCAAUCAACUCGCUUGGAGAAGUUUGUUACAGCUUAUGGUGAAUUCCUGAAGGCAAAUGGCGAGCAACCUGUCACGUGGAAAAGAGCAUCGAGUAUGGAUGAAGUGCUUCAGCAGGCUGAUUUGAUAAGUCUGCAUCCAAUAUUGGAUAAAACAACAUACCAUCUUGUGAACAAAGAGAGGCUCUCAAUGAUGAAAAAGGAAGCAAUCCUCAUUAACUGUAGUAGAGGUCCUGUGAUUGAUGAAGCAGCACUUGUUGAACAUUUGAAAGUGAACCCCAUGUUUCGAGUUGGUCUUGAUGUCUUUGAGGACGAGCCAUUCAUGAAACCUGGUCUUGCUGACAUGAAGAACGCCAUUGUGGUACCACAUAUAGCUUCAGCUUCCAAGUGGACUCGUGAAGGAAUGGCGACACUGGCAGCUCUGAAUGUCCUGGGGAAAAUUAAAGGAUACCCAACAUGGGCUGAUCCCAACCGUGUUGAUCCAUUCUUGAAUGAGAAUGCUCCACCCCCAGCAGCUUGCCCGAGCAUUGUCAAUGCUAAAGCUUUAAGUUUACCAGUUUCAAAGCUGUAGGAGCUGAAGCAUGACAUUUCACUAGAGUUUUGCUGCAAUACGCCAAUAAGUGUGAAUCACUCUUCCGACUUACAGAGGGAGCUUGAUGGACGUAUCCAUGUAUCUGUAACGGAUAUACUUCUAGUAUACUGUGAUAUUAACACAAUGUUUCAUUUCUUGUUCAUACUCCGUACAGUGAUAUCUAUCCUUUUUCACUUC